GUGAUGACCAUCAUGAGACCGGGUCCUGCAGAUGAGCCCCGUCUGGACUUGGGCAAGAAGAUGAGCACAACGCAGGACCUGAUGAUCGAGGAACUCUCCCUGCGGAAUAACCGCGGCUCCCAGCUCUUCCAGCAGCGCCAGAGGCGGAUGCAGCGCUUCAUUUUUGAGCAUCCCAGUGGCUACAGGGAGCUCCCAGGGCCAGGGGGCUCACACCACACUGAGAAAGGCGAUCCAGCGAAUGAAGGGAUGGCAGAGGAGAACGCUGAGGGCCAGCAGAAUUAUCACUCUGAGCUCCACGUGGCAGCAUCGCCCCAGGGUGGCCCCCCAGAAGUGCCCAAGAAGACAGAGAAAGUCUUGCAUAUGAGCAAAGUCCUGAACCCCAGUGCCCUGGCCCCAGGGUACUCGAGCCCCCUCAAAGAAAUCCCCCCGGAGAAGUUCAACGUCACCGCCAUCCCCAAGGGCUACCGGUGCCCGUGGCAGGAGCUCUUUGGUGACAGUGCUGAUGCUGUGUUUGGCAAGAACCAGCCACCCAUGAGACCCCCUGCGUGGGACUUCAGGAGCUUCAACAGGACCCCAGCCCCAUUUGACAGGGCGGUGGUUGGGGAGCUGUUCUCUGUGCCCACCGCAGAGCUGGACAACCUGAGUGCGCUGGAGGUGAUUUCCCACAGGCCCAACUUCAACCGCGUGGCACAAGGCUGGGUGCGGAUCCUGCCAGAGAGCGAAGAGCUGUAGCUGUUCCUUCCCCACCACCACGGAUGGUUUCCUCGCUAGACUCGGACACACUUUGCAGGGUGGGGGAGAGGGGGCAGGUAUCCCUCGUGGAAGCUCAGCCAGUGGUCUCGGGUUGUCAUCUUCAGAUGGGGUUUGACCGAGCUCGAGUCUGGGACCAUUCUGAAUUCCCCUUGCAGCAGCCCUGGUCACAAGGGCAGUGAGUGCCAAGCCAGCCAGCCAAGUUCUUGCUGUUAAUCAAGCAGAUCCCCACAAGCUCCCAUACAAAACACCCCAUACAGCCUGUCCUCUGCCCUGCCUUGUGGAAAACAGCACCACCAGCUGCAACACACCAAACUCCCGCCCUGCGUCUUCACCGAUACAAGAGACCUGCUUUGACAGCUGCUGCUUUUGCAGAGAAAUUCCAUCUUCAGGACAACUCUGCAUCUGUCAUUCCAGUCAGGAUGGCGAGAGGAGGUGAUAAUGGAAGAGCAGCAGCAAAACAAGUUACUGGAGGCAUUGGCAUGUUAAAAGCAGCUACUUUGGGCUUGGCUGGACAACAAAACAAAUGAGGAACUGGGAAUCUGCCUGUUUACCAACACAGCACAACCAGGAUAGAUGGGAGAGGAACAAUGGGAGUUGGAAAAUUGUGCUGUAUUUUCCACUGGCUAGCACUUGGCAGCUGUUAUUUUCCCCUUUCUACUGCUAUUUGCAUGCCUUGCUUGAACAUCUAAGCCCUGAGUGACUUACGCCAGAUUUGCUUCAUGUAGUUGGUUAACAAGGAUCAGGUCCUGCCUGGACCCACACCAGUCUGAGGAUCCUGCCAGGGUGUUCCACAGGGAAGGAAAAGCAGUGUGAUCAUGACUCUAGAGAGCAUAGGCUUCUCUGGGAAUGUGAAAAUCAGCAGUGAGGAUCCAAUUACACCGUUUUCAGCAGUGACACACAGUGGGACCUGCAGCUAACAACAGCCUAUUGAUCUGGGUAUCUGUGAUGCUCAACUGCUGCCCUGUUCCAGUUCCAUCUCUCUCCUCUUUGUCCAUCAUCUGCAGAAGCCAUGUAACCUCAGGGAACUGGAAAUAAUAAAUAAAUAGUGAUGAUGUAAA